CAAUUUUUCACCACGAAAUACUACUGCGAUAAUCAGACGUAGAAGGAUCACAAUGUUGUACCUCGUAGGACUUGGUCUCUCUGACGAGACAGAUAUUACUGUCAAGGGCCUUGAGGUCGUCAAGAAAGCCUCCAGGGUCUAUCUGGAGGCUUAUACUAGCAUUUUGCUUGUCGAGCAAUCUGUCUUGGAAUCGUACUAUGGACGAUCCAUCACUGUAGCUGACCGUGAGAUGGUUGAGUCAAACAGCGACGAGAUUCUCCGAAAUGCGCAGAACGAAGAUGUUGCAUUCCUUGUUGUUGGAGAUCCCUUCGGUGCCACUACUCAUACGGACCUCGUUCUACGUGCGCGGGAACUCGAAAUCCCUGUCCGAACCGUUCCCAACGCCUCCAUCAUGUCCGGGAUCGGCGCAUGCGGUCUGCAGCUCUACAACUUUGGACAAACCGUGUCCAUGGUUUUCUUCACUGAUACAUGGAAGCCCGCAUCUUUCUACGAUCGGAUAAAGGAGAACCGUCAAAUCGGUUUACACACGCUAGUCUUGGUAGAUAUCAAGGUUAAGGAGCAGAGUCUCGAGAAUAUGGCCCGAGGUCGUCUGGUUUAUGAGCCUCCUCGCUACAUGACUGUCGGCCAGUGUGCACAACAGAUGCUAGAGAUUGAGGAUGAGCGUAAGGAGGGUGUCUAUACCAAGGACAGUCUGGCCAUUGGCGCUGCUCGCGUCGGAGGUAAGACGGAGAAGUUCGUGGCUGGUACUUUGGAGGAGCUUUGCUCUACCGACGAGGAACUAGGGCCUCCUCUUCACAGUCUCGUCCUCCUUGGUCGAAGAACACACGAGCUGGAGCUCGACUACGUACGACAGUUUGCGGUUGAUAAGGAGAAGUGGGAUAGGCUAUGGAAAGCUGAGUACGGAAAGCAGCUGUGAAUGGUUGCUAAUAUUGUCAUGAAUUCGUAUCGCCUUUGAUA